UGCUGUUAGGUUAUCACCAUGUAUUCAGUGGUCAUUUGUCAGUGUUCGUGUGGUGUGUUAGUAGCUGAGGAAGAGGCAUGUUUCCUUGAGGCUUGAAUGGUGUGCUGUUAGUGUAUUAUUUUACCAUGGGGGUGGGUCUUCAGCCUCUGGAAUUUUCAGACUGUUUAACAGAUAGUCCAUAUUUUAGAGAAAAACUUCACACGCAUGAGAAAGAACUAGAAAGAACCAGUCAACAAAUAAAGGGCCUAGUGAAAGAAGUGAAGGAUUUGCUCAGUGCUGCUAAAAAUCUGUCUCGGGCGCAACGUACGUUGUCCAACAGCCUUGUGAAGUUUAACUUCGAAUGUAUUGGCACCUCGCAGACAGACGAUGAGGUAGGGAUAUCCGUUUCCCUGAAAGAGUUCGGUCGCCUCAUCGCCAAUAUUGAGGAUCAGCGAGACAUGAUGCUGGACCGUGCAUAUGACCAGAUUAUUCUUCCAUUGGAGAACUUCCGCAAAGAACACAUCGGUGGAGUGAAGGAAGGCAAGAAAAAGUUUGAGAAGCAGACGGCCAAGUUCUGUAUGAGUCAAGAACGCUAUCUGAAUCUCUCCACCAAGAAACAGGAUGCUGUUCUCAAAGAGGCAGAUGCAACACUCAUAAUGGAGCAGCGCCAUUUUGUCCGUGCCAGCCUCGAAUAUGUCUUCCUGCUGCAGGAGGUGCAAGAAAGGAAGAAGUUUGAAUUUGUUGAAACUCUCCUGGGAUUUAUGUAUGGUUGGCUCACCUUCUACCACCAGGGCCAUGAAGUAGCCAACGAGUUCAAGCCAUACAUGCGGGAACUUCAGUUCAAGAUCCAAAAGACAAGAGAAAACUUUAAUGCAACCCGCGACAAGACAGAGUCCCUUAUGAAGAAGAUGCUAGAGGUGCGUCAAACGAAAUCCAUGGAAUCGGGAGGUCCAUACAAGUCACAUGUGCGAGAGGGCUAUCUUUUCCUUAUGGAGAAAAAGGCGUUUGGCACAACAUGGACGAAGCACUAUUGCAUCUACCACAAAGAUAGCAAGGAAUUCAAGAUGAUUCCCUACAAUCAAAUGACUGGAAAAUUUACCUCACCAGACACAAUGAUUCUAGCAUCAUGUACCCGGAGGAUGUCAGAUUCUAUAGAGAAACGAUUCUGUUUUGACAUUACAUCUGAUAACAGGCCAGGCAUGCUGUACACAUUACAAGCAUUGUCAGAAGAUGAUCGCAAACUAUGGAUGGAUGUGAUGGAUGGCAAGGAACCCGUAAGUGAAGAUAGUCAGCAGCAUGUGACCUAUGCCAUGCCAGGCAAGAUACCAAAACCUGAAGAGAGGAACCUGGAUGAAACAGGCUUCAAUUUUGUGAAGCGAUGUAUUGAAGUGCUGGAAAAUAGAGGUCUCGAGGAGCAGGGUCUGUACAGAGUAGUAGGAGUCAGCUCCAAAGUAUCGAAACUGCUGUCAAUGGGCCUGGACCGGCGGAAAGCAGACAAACUAAGUGCUCUGGAUGAUCACUUUGAAUGGGAGAGCAAAACUAUUACCAGUUCCCUGAAGACUUACUUGAGAAACCUUCCAGAACCUCUGAUGACAUUCCGUUACCACAACGGUUUUAUAGCUGCAGCCAAACAAGAGACAAGAGCAUUGAGGGUGCAUGAUGUUCAUACCCUCGUCCACAGGCUUCCGCAACAGAAUCGUGACAUGCUGGAUAUUAUUAUAAAGCACUUACAGAAUGUUGCAGCAAAGAGUGAUAAGAAUCUUAUGACAGUGAGCAACCUGGGAGUGUGUUUUGGCCCUACAUUGCUGCGUCCAGAGGAAGAAACUGUUGCUGCCAUAAUGGAUAUUAAGUUCUGUAAUGUUGUUGUGGAAAUUCUCAUCGAAAACUAUGAAAAGAUCUUCAAAACAUCACCAGAACAAGUUGAUCCUUCUCGACCAGAAGCUCGUUCUUCUCCGUCAGUGAACAGUCCGCCAGUACAGAAUCACGUUCAGACCACUCCAUCACCACCUUUACAUUCACGUCCACAAAAGUUCAACCUUUACCCAUCUGGUGGCCCACCUGUACAACAUGCUGUAAUCAAGUCUUAUUAUGAUGGACCUGUCCCAAUAAGCCUUAGCUCUAGUCUACACAAUGUGGCACCAGUACGUGAACGAGAAGGUAAUGGUGUAGGUUAUGUUAUGGGCCGAGUAGAGCACAUGAACAACACAGGACAGCAGCAACACCUCUUGCUGCCCAAUCAGAAGGUGGCUGGAGGGAUGAGAGGUGGACCUCAGGGCAGCAUGGGGGCCUACUCAGAGAGCAAUCUGUUGGCCCUUGGCUCUCAGCAGCAUAGAUACAGUCCUCAGCAUCAUGUACAGCAUAAAAAUGCUUUUCUCUUUGGAAACAUGGGCAACUCUGAGCGGACAGACCCGACCAAUAGUGGCACUAGUAGUUCCAAUGAAUCAGUGUCUUCUCAGUCAGUACGGGAUAUUAAUAAUCACAAUAAUUACUCUGCUAUCUCUCCUCAAAAGAGCAAACGAGGCAAUGUCCUGGGAACUCACUAUGCAACUAGCUACCGGGCACAUGAUGCUGUGAUGACACAGUCUUCUAGCUCAACAGCCAGUGGUAGGUCAAGUCCUGCCACCCCAGGUGUCAGAAGAGUACGGACAUUGUAUGCAUGUUUGGGAGAAAAUGAUGGAGAGCUGUCAUUUGAACCUAAUCAGAUAAUAACAAAUGUGCGACCAUCACUGGAACCUGGUUGGUUGGAAGGGACACUCAAUGGGAAGACAGGUCUUGUUCCUGAAAAUUAUGUGGAGUUCCUACCCUGACAUACCAGCUGUCAGUUUCUUCAAUGCCAACAUCGUCACUUACCAGCCACUUCAGCUCACCAGUCUCCCUCAAAGUGAUCAUCAGAUUUGAAUAUGUUUAUGAAGCAACAACCAAUACAACAGACAGAUCUUACUCCAGUGUUUCAGACAGUUAAUGUGUACCAAAAUAAAAUAUUGACCGAUAUUGCCCACCAUUUAUGUGUAGUGUACAUCUACAAGACAAGGUUUUCCAAUUUUGCUAUAAGGAAUGGUGCCACUUUGAUUACUUACAAAACAUGUUAUCAAAGUAAAUUAGCUGCUGCAAGUGGUGCUAUCCUCAAGCUAUGUGGUAUGCAUACUUAUCAGUAUCAUUCAUAAUAUCUGGAUAUUGGAUUACCAUGCAGUAUAUUGUUCAGUGCAGAAACAAAAUAUAUAAAUAUCAUUUCAUACUUGGUUGUUGAUGCAUAUGAUAAUUAUGUCAUAUUAAGUAGGUGCUACUUGCCCAUAUAUAUGUGGGUUAUUAUCAGGAUGUUUUGGUUAUUUUAACUAGUAUUACGCUAAACAUGUCUACAGAAGUACAGUACACUCUCAUUUAUCAGUGUGUUAUGUAGUCUUGGUGUGAGAUAUCAGCACCCCUGGAAAAUUACCAACAAACAGAGAAGCUUGCUUAAGUAUCAUAUGUAAUUUUAAUUCUUAUGAACAUGAUAGAGGCAUCUCCACAUAUGUCAGUAGUGCCACUUGUUCCAGUAGGCUUUUUCAUUCAUGAAAUAUGAUGGUAGCGUGAUCUUGAUAUGGUAAAGAAAUAAAUACUUACCUGUGCUUCAUGAGGCAUGUACUAUUCUUGAAUGCUUUGCUACAUGCAGAUUAUUUGUACCCUUAAGCUUUGGUUCAGUUCGGCCCUGUUAAAUCUGACAAUAUUUGUGAAUAUACACAAGAUACAUUCAAUCUUGAUGAAAGUGUGCAGCAUAAAAUUCUUAUAUAUAAAAUAUAAGAUGUGCAAUAAAGCAUGAGUUAUGAUUUUAGUAAUUCAUGUGAUACACUUUUGCAAAAUUAUUUAAAGGAGCAAAGUUGUAAUUUGUGAAUUAAUAUUUUAUUAUUUUAAUGACAACAUUUUGUCAUUGUUUUUAACAUUGUGAAAGUCUACAAUAAUACAAAAGGCACUGGGAUGGCUGUAUGUGGAAAUUUUAAACAGGGUUUUAGACUCUUUAAUUGCUUAUUGAUACAUGCUGUUUAAGUACUUAGUUUUAUGGGUGUUUUAAGUAAAGAAGAUAUAUAUCUUUUUAUUUUAUCAGUCACAAUAGCAAAUCUAAUGCUUUCUCCUGGAAUCAGUCUUCUGGAUUGCACAUCACUAAUUUAUCAUUAUGUGAUAAAAAGUUCUUACAUGUUUGUCCCAUGCAGUCUUCUAAAGUUAAAGAAGUAAGGGGAGAGAGGAGACAAAUCAAACUAUAUAUGCACUUGCAGUUUUGAAACGUACAGUUACUCCAUUUCUGUUUGUGUGCGCUUUGUUUUGUUAAAACGCUGAUAUAGUCUUAUGCAGGCUGUUUUUGCAUUGGCUUGUUCUAACCUUGCUUUUAGU